AUGAUAGCAAACAUAGAUAGAUUUGAUCAGGAUGUUCCAAAGGAACGAAAGGAUGAGAUUGAUGCUAUGAAUGCUGCAGAAGAACCAGUAGAUUGGGAAGAGCGAGUUGGAAUGUAUAUUCCGAUGAAUGCUCGGAAGGUUGUAUUGUCUAGUCCUGCGAAAAGAUGUGUACAGACUGGAGAGUUGUUAUUUGCUCUCAAAGAUAAGAAAUUUUGGGAGAUAACAAAAGAUGAGUUUGAAACGAUGGUUAAGAUUACACCGCUUCAGAUGGAAGCGAAGGUUAAACAGAUUAUCAAGUUAUGUAGAGAUACAAGAGAAGAAUACAAAUCUGAUAAUAUGGAAUCAGCAGAAUCUAUUCGUGAUGCUAUUCAGGGUGAAUUCCCAGAUUUGGAUUAUGUAGUUGAUUCUGAAGGUGAAUCUCAGGGUUCAGCAAGAUUUGUUGAUGGAAAUGGCCAUUAUGUACAGGUAGAUUCAUUUGGCGAUGGUUUUGAUGUUAUGAUUUGGUCUGGCAAGAAGGCACAGGCUGAAGAAGAAUGUGGAUCCAUUGAAGAAGAGAUAAUUAUUAUGGAAAAUAUUAAGAAUCAGUUAGAACAGGCUGGCUAUGAUUAUGCAGUAGCAAUUGCAACUCAGGCAGAAAUCAAGUCUCAGGCAGCAUGUGGUCAGUUGGCUACUAUUUUGGAAGUACAGAACGAAGAAAAGUAA